UCUCUCUCUCUCUCUCUCUCUCUCUCUCUCUCUCUCUCUCUCUCUCUCACACACACACACACACACACAAUUGCAGUGUUUCACAUUAAAGCGAACCUUAAACGGUAACAUUUCACUGAGGGGAGUUUAAUAUCCGCAUUGACGAAGAUAAAGAUGAUGAUGAUGAUGAUGGUGGUGGUGGUGUAGUGAUUAACUGCAGCCUCCGCGCUCGCUUCUCCGGAUAUGUGGCAGAAAUAUACAUUUCAGUUUCAUCUCUGAUCAUCUGCAAUUCUGUGAUUAAUACAGAAACUUCAGAGAGAAAAUGGCGACAUGUUGAGGUCUGAGCUGCAGUAACAGAAGCAUCAUGGAACCUGGAACUGACACACAGGGAGAUGCGGACAAACCUUUGCAUCAUGCAGAGAACAGAGAGCACCCCGCCCCCUCAGGUGGUGUGAUUCCCAGUGAUGAUGCUAGUGUUCUGACUCCGGGUAGGAUGAGGAAGGAGGCGGGGCUUCAUUCACACAACAAAGAACAGAUCACCAUCAGCACCCUGAGCCCGGGAUCCAAUCCAGGACAUGGUUUUGAAAGGAAGGAGGACAUAUUACCUUUAAAAGAGGAUUCAUCUCUGUCCCUAUCUAAAAGCAGGUCUGAGUCUAAGCUGUAUAAUGGAUCAGAUAAAGAUGUUUCAACCUCAGCUAACAAACUCACCAAGAAAGAGUCUCUCAAGGUCCAGAAGAAGAACUAUAGGGAGGAGAAAAAGCGAGCAACUAAAGAGCUGCUGAGCACAAUCACUGAUCCCUCAGUCGUUGUCAUGGCUGACUGGCUCAAGAUCCGUGGCUCUCUGAAGAGCUGGACAAAGCUGUGGUGUGUGUUGAAGCCAGGUGUGUUACUGAUCUAUAAGAGUCAGAAAAGUGAUCAGUGGGUGGGGACGGUGCUACUGAGCGCGUGCGAACUCAUCGAGAGGCCUUCAAAGAAAAACGGUUUCUGCUUUAAACUGUUCCACCCGUUGGAGCAGUCCAUAUGGGCCACCAAGGGCCCUAAAGGAGAGACUGUUGGUUCUAUCACUCAGCCUCUACCCAGUAGUCACCUCAUAUUCAGAGCUGCUUCAGAGUCAGAUGGUCGUUGCUGGAUGGAUGCUCUUGAACUGGCUCUUAAAUGUUCCAGUCUGCUAAAGAGGACGAUGAUCCGCGAGGGAAAAGAAGAAACAACUGAACAUGCACAAAUUAACUUCUACAGCCUGCUGAGAUCACACAACCUGCAUGAAAGUGACCAGUUUAAGGAUGAGCUGAACUCCGAUAAGUCAGAUAGAGAGAUUGAGCAGGACGAGUGGGAGAAGAGUGAAGAGAGCGACAGUGACACCAGUGAAAGACAGGAAGACUUGUAUGCGGAUCUGGAGCACGACACACUGAGGGAAACUCUUUAUGUGGAGCAGAGCCAUGAGGAGCUAGGCGAGGCGGGUGAGGCAUCUCAGACAGAGACAGUAUCUGAGGAGAAUAAGUCUCUGAUCUGGACGCUGCUGAAGCAGGUUCGGCCCGGAAUGGAUCUGUCCAAAGUGGUUUUGCCCACCUUCAUCCUGGAGCCCAGAUCAUUCCUGGAUAAACUGUCUGAUUACUACUACCAUGCUGACUUCAUGUCUGAAGCCGCAGUAGAGGAAAAUGCCUACAACCGCAUGAAGAAGGUGGUGAAGUGGUACAUCUCUGGAUUCUACAAGAAACCAAAAGGUCUGAAGAAACCAUACAACCCCAUCAUAGGAGAAACAUUUCGCUGCAUGUGGAUUCACCCAAAGACCAACAGCAAAACAUUUUACAUCUCAGAGCAGGUAUCUCAUCAUCCUCCAGUUUCUGCAUUCUAUGUCAGUAACAGGAAAGAUGGAUUCUGUCUGAGCGGCAGCAUCCUGGCCAAGUCAAAGUUCUACGGAAAUUCUCUGUCGGCCAUUUUGGAUGGAGAAGCGAGACUGACCUUCCUAAACCGAGGAGAAGAUUACAUCAUGAACAUGCCAUAUGCACACUGCAAAGGUAUCCUGUAUGGGACGAUGACACUGGAGCUUGCAGGUCAGGUCACCAUUAUGUGUGAGAAAACAGGAUACAGUGCACAACUGGAGUUCAAACUAAAGGUGUGUGUCGGGGGCAGGGGGGGGUGGCGGGGUUAUCAUUCUUGUGCUGUAAUGCAUCACUCCGUCUCUCCCCAUCAGCCGUUUCUUGGCAGUAGUGACAGUGUGAAUCAGAUCAGCGGGAAGAUUAAACUGGGGAAGGAAGUGCUGGCUACACUGGAGGGUCACUGGGACAGUGAGAUCUUCAUAAACGAUAAGAAGUCAGGUGUGUGUGAGACGUUCUGGAACCCAACUCCGGAGCUCCGUCAGAGCCGCCUGACCCGAUGUACUGUCGCUCAGGAGGAACAGGGGGACUUUGAGUCUGAGAGACUAUGGCAGCAUGUGACUCGCGCUAUACUGAAUAAAGACCAGACAGAGGCGACCAAUGAGAAGUUUGUGUUGGAGGAGGCUCAGAGGAAGUGUGCGCGAGAG